AUGGAACAANUGGAGAAACAAGGCUCUUCUUAUCUUCUUCUUCGUCUUCUUCUUCAUGCUCCAAUGUCGAGAGGACCAGGUCGUUUGCUGCAGAACGUGACACAGUUCGCCGAUACUCAAUUCAAACAAUUCUCCACUCGUUAUGGAGACCAAGUCAUAAACAUUCUCGAUUUCCCAAUCAAACUCGUCUUGUCUCCUUUCACUCUCGCCUUCGACAUCGCUGGCUCUGCACCUCGCGGCUUUGGCAUCCCCGAAUUCAUCUCCAAAAUAUCUUAUCUCUCCGUUUUCGCAGUUGCUACGCUUGGAACUUAUGACAUUGCAUUCGAUAUGGGAAAGAAAGUCAUAUGCCAAAGGGAUUGCAAGACUUGUAACGGAUGGCAGGCGUUACGGUGCACCAUGUGCAAAGGAACAGGGAGUGUUCAUUAUCAAAUCAAAGAUUACAACUUGAGAAGUGGAGAGAAACCAACAGCAGAUUGUCUCGCAGAUGCCAUAGUUGACAAUCGAGCUGAGUUAGUGCAUCUUCCGGCCUCCAUUGACAUUAGUGCACCGUUGCCGUCAAAAGACUGCCCAACUUGUGAUGGAACAGGUGUGAUGAGCUGUACUGAGUGCAAGAACAAGCUGCAAGUGAGGAUAUCGGCUGAUGAUAUCAUGGAACCUCCAUGGAAAGCAUACAAUGUGCUGAAGAGGAUGGAUUACCCCUACGAGCACAUUGUUCACAGCAUGAAAGAUCCCAGCAUCGCAAAUUUCUGGUUGAUCACUUUGCCUCAGAUUAUGGGUGGAUUCGAGCAUGAUGAAGAUGUCAAGAAGAAAAUAUGGUGGCAAUACGAGGAAUCUAUGCGAUACGAUCAGCUCCGGGACUUGGUGGCAAAACGAAAUCCUGGCUGGGAAUAUUUGCAGGAUGCCUUAAUCUCCAUUGAUCCUGUUCGUGCUCGGGAAGACCCUGUCAUAGUGAAGAAUGUUCCGUUUUACAAGGCUAAGAAAGCACUGGAGGCUGAAGUCACAAAGCUCAAUCCACCGCCUCGUCCUCAGAAUUGGGGUGAUCUGAAUCUCCCAUUGAAUACUUCGUCUUGGAGUGAAGAGGAUCUCAAGAACCCUGCAAAACUGUACGAGAAGACGGUUCUUCUCAAUGCUCAAAGAGAAAUCGCAGACAAAAUCUUGGAUGCACAAUGGGAAGCUAAGUGGCGUCAAGAAAAGGUGGAGGAGAUGUUGGAGGAGAAAGUGAGACCUUAUAUCCAAGACUCAAGCAUGUGUGUUCUUCCCCAACCCAUCUUGUUAAAGUCUCACAAGAAAGACCAAAAGGGAAACCGGCAAAGGAAGUGGUGGUUCUUUUAA